AACCAAGUAACCAAUAACAUUAACAACCACCAAUUUUCAUUUCUUCCAUUCUUUUUCUUUCAUAAUUUUGGGGUUCCCCUCCUUUGUUGCCAUGUGGAAGAAAAUAGUCUAUAAAUUGAACCCCAUAUCAUCACAACAGCCACAGACGAUCAGUAGUACAGUAGACAGUAUGAUGUCAAAGGAACAAUUGCGUAAAGACAUUGGAAGUGAUAAGAUUCCCAUUGUUAAAUCUAUGGAUGUUUCAGCGCUUUCCUUGCAACAACUCGAAGAAUUAAUGUUGGAACACCAGCUCUCUCGAGAAGGUAGUCGUGUGGAAAUGGAAAAUGUUUUGAUUGCAUUAUUGGGUUCUAAGCAAGUCGAUAUAGUUGAAAUGGUUGCAAUUGAUACUUUGAAUGUCGUCCAAUUGGAAGAGUUAUUGAGUGGAAUAUCUCGACCGCCACCAUCUGAAGAGAAUGUUGUGGGUAAUUUAGAGAGAAAUAUUGUGGAGGAGCCUGAAAUUGAAAUUACAGCACAAGAACUGCCGGCAAUAAGUUCUCGUAAAAAAACAAUAAAAGAAGCACAGCAGGAGUUGGCCCAAAAUUGUGGUUUCCAAGAUAAAAUCAUAUGGGAUCUCCUGGGAUAUAAUGAUGCUGAUGUUAUGAAGGAAAAAAUAAAACAAUUAAUACCCGAUCAAGAAAAGGGACAAAAGUCAAUUGAAAAACUUAGAAUGACCAUUUUCGAAAGUGUAUGGGCUCAAAGAAAAUACACAAAUCGCUCAUCCAUUACUUAUAUAUUUUAUGUGAUGGUAACUAAAGAUGAAGAUUUCAACACUGCACCCGAAUCCACUGAAUUUUCAUGUCAUCCGGUAUUUCGCUGUAAAAAAUGCGAUAACAACUCCGAUAGUAGCAAAUGCUGUAUGAUUUAUGUGGACGAAACCGGCAGAGUUUAUCAGAACUGGAAAUCUUUUGUAAAUGAAAAUGUUUUGCCGGCUGGUACAAUGAUUGCACCACGCCAUGGUAUUUAUAACUUUGAUAAAUAUAAUGAUGUUAUAUUGGACAUCUAUUGUACACCCAGUGGGACAGCAGGUGCUAAAUUUAUGAAUAUGGCACAAACUGGUUCAGCGGUAGUGGGCAUUGGAGCAGCUUGCGUGCCUUUAGCAGCUUUAGCUUUGCCCGUAGCAGCUCCUAUUGUAGCUGCAGCUGGUAUAAUUGGUUUAGGCGUUGGGGCGUUUACAUCCAUAACUUCAGCAUUGAAUUUGUCUGAUCGUGCGAAGCAUGAACAGUCUAUAAGUAUAAAAGAUAGCCAAGCUAGAGGCAGUUAUCUGGGAAUGGUGGGUGGUGCGGUAGGUGUGGCUGCAGCUGGUGCCACGACCGCUAUGACGUCAAUGGCGGCAGCUGGUAAAGCUACUGCGGGUAUAGAAGUUUUUGUUAAUGGCAUUAAUAUAACAUCAAUUGUUCUAUCCGGUAGUGGUGUAGCAAAUGGUGUUUUAGAUCUAAUAUUUAAAUAUAACGAUGAUGAAAAAAUUUCAUCGCUAGAUGUUCUACAGUUAUCAGCAUCUUUGGUGUUAUUUACACAUUCACUCUAUAACUUUCAAUUGGCUUCACAAAUCGCAAAUGAUGCUCGUGUCAAAUCUAUACAAUCCUAUCGUGAAACUUUAAGUAAUCGUCAAAGAAAAAUCUUUGAUAAAAUGUCAAAAGAAACUGUACGCAUACGUGGCAAUACUCAAGGUAAAAUGGAUAUUAUACGUGGUGUUAAUGAGAUUCCCGAUCGACAAUAUUUAAAUGAUUUAUUUAAAAUUAACAAACAAUUGAAUAAAAAAAGUGUACGACCAGCUUUUGGUGAAAGUGGUAAGGGGGUGGUUUUGAAUAACGAAUUACCCGUCGAAACAUCUGUGCUAAGACAAAGUGUACAACAUCAAAAGGGGCCUAAUAUAUUGGAGCAAGUUACACAGCCCAUACCCUCUACACAUAAUUCCGAUACCUAUACAACACAAACUCCUAAAAUGGCCAGAUUACUGUAUUCAACGGGAAUUGUUGAACAAAAUAUUGAUAUGAAUCAAGAUCCCUUGAAUCCCCUAAAGCAAUCCCAAAAUGCUAUAUCUAUUUUGCGUAAUCUUGCAGUUGCCUUACCAAAUGGUGUUGUCAUAAUGCUACAGCAGUACGGCAAUAUGUUUAUGGAUAAUAUUGCCGAUGGUUAUAAAUUUAAAGAUGUUAUUUUAACUAUGGCCGACCAUUUACAAGAGCAAGUAUUGAGAUAUUUGAUGGAAUUAGCUAAAGAAUUUAUAGAAAAUUUCCUAAAUGAGAUUCAAAAAGUUUUGAGAUUAUUUAUACCCACAGAAUCAGUUUUAUAUCGUAUAUUAAUAUAUGUUACAAAGAAUUUUCAUGAUUUAAGCUAUGAAUACAUUUCAAGAAAAGGCUCUGAAAUUAAACAAGCUAUUAGGAAAUUUUAUCUAUCAUUAAAUCCAAAUAAUCCCUAUGAAUUAUCUAAGAGAUGUCCUGAUUGUCAGGGUAUGUUCUACAUAUGUCAAUUAUAAAUUCUAUAUACAUGUACGUAUAUUUACUAUAAAGGUGCCUUAAGAACCUAUAAAUAUAUAUAUAUAACACAAAAAAGUGCCUUAAAAGCUUUUACUAACACACAAAAAUUUGACUCAAAUUUUUAUCAUGACAAUUUUGAUAUUUAAAUCAUAAGUAACUAUUUACAUAUUAAUGUAUUUAUAAGCAAUAUAACUAAAUCCCAUUUUAACAAUUUUUCAAAUUUUAGUCUAUCAGAAUAAAGUAUUUCGAAUGUUUUUAACGAUAUACUACAUACAUACAUAUAUAUAUCGAUAUUUUCUAACAUGUAUUUAGUUGGCCAUGUAGGCUUUAAUUAUUUAAUGUUAAGAACUAAAGCGUAAUAAAGUUUCUGAAACGUA